AUGGCGAUCUUCGCCAUGGGUUGGCGAAGGCCCGACAACAUUGCCGGCUCCUCUGCGCAGGCAAUCAUGGUCGGGUUCUUCGUCGCAACCGGCGGCCUCCUCUUCGGAUACGACACCGGCUCCGUCAACGGCAUUCUUGCCAUGGAAUCCUUUCUCUACCAGUUCGCGGGCGAUGGCAGUGUACAGCGCACGCCCGACUCAACACCGCCGCCAUUACCCGUCAGCCAACAAGCCAUCAUCGUCGCCAUGCUCAGUGUCGGCACCGUGGUCGGCGCUCUGCUGGCCGCCCCCAUUGGCGACUACUUUGGCCGCCGCAGAUCCAUGAUCGCGGCCGUCGGCGUCUUCGUCUUUGGCGCUAUUUUCCAGAUUUGCUCGACGAACAUCCCGACAUUACUCGUCGGAAGAUUCUUUGCGGGCGUCGGCGUCGGAACCAUAUCUGUUCUCGUGCCGCUCUACCAGUCUGAGAUGGCACCCAAGUGGAUUCGUGGUACCCUUGUUUGUGCUUACCAACUCUUUAUCACAAUCGGCCUCCUCGCUGCCUCCAUUGUCAACAUCUUGACCUACAAGUUGAAUGGAUCCGCAGCCUACCGCAUCCCCAUGGGCCUGCAGCUGACAUGGGCCUGCGUCUUGACUCUGGGCCUGCUUGUCCUCCCCGAGACCCCGCGCUACCUCGUGAAGCGUGGCCAGAAGGAAGCCGCCGCUUUGUCGCUGAGCCGGCUGCGGCGCCUCGACAUCACCCAUCCGGCCCUUAUCGAAGAGCUGGCCGAGAUCAUCGCCAACCACGAGUACGAGCUGGCCCUCGGCCCGGACACAUACCGUGACGCCUUCUUUGGCUCCCCCCACCUAGGCCGCCGCACACUGACCGGCUGCAUCCUGCAAACUCUGCAGCAGCUGACGGGUAUCAACUUCAUCAUGUACUAUGGCACCAGCUUUUUCCGCCAGGCUGGCCUGGGCAACGCCUUUACCGUGUCGUUGAUCAUCAAUGUUGUCAAUUCUGUCUCCACCAUCCCCGGCCUGUUUGUGGUCGAGUCCUGGGGUCGUCGUAACCUGCUCAUGAUUGGCGCCGCCGGAAUGGCCGUCAGCCAGCUGAUCGUCGCCUCCUUUGCCACGGCCGCGCCAUCGGACAUGGCCCAGACGUCGAUGCAGAUAUUGGUCAUCUUUGUGGCCAUCUACAUCUUCUUCUUUGCUGCGUCCUGGGGCCCCGUGGCCUGGGUUGUCACGUCGGAGAUCUACCCUCUCAAGGUCCGCGCCAAGUCCAUGUCCAUGUCCACUGCGGCCAACUGGAUCCUCAACUUUGCCAUUGCCUACGGGUCGCCGUUUUUGGCUGGCGAUGGCCAGGGCUCCGCCCAGCUAGGCUCCCGCGUCUUCUUUGUCUGGGGCUCUUUCUGCAUUGUCGCCAUUGCCUUUGUGUACUUUAUGGUGUACGAGACCAGCAAGAUCAGCCUCGAGCAGAUUGACGAGAUGUACGAGCGGGUGCCCAAGGCGUGGCAGAGCAAGUCGUUUGAGCCCAGUUGGAGCUUCCAGCAGAUGCGUGACUUUGGCUUCUCGGAAAGUGGCAUUCCACCCGAGGAGAUGACCGACGACGCAAAUGGCAGCCAGACUGGCCACGGCGGCGACGACCACGGCGACGCGCCGCCGCAAUACACGCCCCACGCAGCAGCAGGAGGACCGACGUCGAUGGCAGCAAACACUGCGUCCAUGCAAUCGAAUAUCCCCGCCACCCCCUUUCCCGCCUACCGGCAAAACAACCCACACCGCCGCCCGCCACCGAAUACGCCCGCACCAACAGCAACAGAACGCUCCGAUACGAUCAGCACAAGUACAUCCUCAACAACAGCCGUGUCGUCAUCAUCUUCGUCUGAUGCUGACAAGAUGCUGGCCUCCAUGGCCCAUGUUGACUUGUCUUAUUAA